AUGGCUCAUCCAAGGGACUUAAAGUUCUCUCCGAUUGACCAGAAUUUGGUGGGGUAUUAUCUACGCAACAGAGUUGAUACAGGAAAAGAUGGUUUCAUCACAGAUAUCAAACUUUAUGAAGACGAGCCGUGGCUUCUUCCGCACGUCAAGAAUGAUCAGUUCAAAGAGAACAUGUGGUUUUACUUUGUUGUUAGGACACGUAAUUUGGGAAGCAGGCCCAAACGCACGGUUCCCGGUAGAGGAAGCAGUAGCAGUAACGGCGGAACUUGGACGACAAGUGGCGUAAAGAAGGCGAUCACUGACCGUAACAACCCGAAGGUUGUGAUCGGAUACAAAACAGAACUCGCGUACCACAAGAAAGUCAAGGAAAGCCUAAAGGAGACACCACUGGUUGGUGUAUGA